AUGCAUCUCAUUCUCACUGGAGCCACCGGCCUGAUCGGGUCUGGUGUACUCGACGCUAUGCUCAAGAUGAAGGACAUCACCAAGAUCUCAAUCCUCAGCCGAAGACCGGUCGCCAUGGCUGAAAAUGCUCAAGACCCGAGAGUCAACGUAAUCAUUCAUACAGACUUCUUACACUACGGGCGCAAUGUGCUGAGCCAAUUGCAAGGUGCUAAUGGUGCAGUGUGGGCUCUUGGAGUCAGCCAAACCAAGGUCUCCAAGGACGAAUACAUCAAGAUUACAAAAGACUACGCCUUGGCUGGCGCCAAAGCUUUCGCCGACCUUGCUCCCAACGACGAACCUUUCCGCUUCAUCUUUGUCUCUGGACAAAGUUCAACACAGAACCCCGGGCCAUUCACGAACCGAUACGCCCGCGUCAAGGGCGAAACUGAGCUUUUGCUCUCCGAGAUGCGCAGUACCUACCCUCGUCUCAUAACAGAGGCUGUUGGACCAGGUGUCGUCAGUGAAAGAGACCAUGCCGCCAUAAAGCCAUACGUCCCCGAUCAAGGCUUCUUCCAUAACAGUGCCAGAGCUGUUCUAGGCCCUCCUGUUCGAGUGGCCUUUCCAUCGCUUGACGCUCCGACUGAGCCGCUUGGCAAGUUCUUGGUUGAAAUGGCGAUGGGAAGAUUUGACAAGCAGUUGGAUGAGGGAGGGAGCGAUAUCACCACACUGAAGGGCGGCACGAGGGUUCUCAAAAACCCAGCCUUUCUGAGGCUAGCAGGAUUGUUAUAA